GUGACAAUGGGGUUGUACAAAUCUACUGAGAGAGGGGAAUGAGCCGUGUUUUGUUGCUACUCACUAUUCAGUGUGAGGCACUACAAAUGGGCUCACACAAGCACUGUCCUAGUGGAAGUCUGUUUUGGGACAAAGCCUUCUCUUUGUUGAGAUCAUAGUCGACUCACCUCCCGCCUCCAGAUCUCCUCUCCUUUUUUUUCUUCAUACGGCAAGUGAUGAAUCUAUUUUUUCCAGAUCACAUGAGCCAAAAUGUGGGGGAAUCCUCUAAGGAGCAGAGACUUGUUUGAAGGUGAUCAGAAAGAGGUAUGGAGUGAAAGACUUGAGGACUUCAUAAGGGGAUGAACUCUCAGGCAGAACGGAAAGCUUUCAUGCAAGUGAAUUGUCCUCAGGAAGCUACCAGAGAUAUGACUGAAGAAAGUGUCACCAGGAAGUUCAGUGCCCCAAUCCAAACAUACUUCUGUUUCGCCAUCAUUUCUCUCACAAUCUGCCUUCUUGCAUCUUUGGGAACCAUUGUGGUCUUGGUACUUCAAAGGACGGUAAGUUGCUUCCUGCUUCUGCCCUAGGGCUCUCUUAACUCCUGUUAUCCAGAUAAAAUGUUGAGUUUCAGCUUUCACGGCACACCUUUUGCAAUUAUUCAGGCUUUGGCUUCAACUGAUCCAUGAAAGCCAACUCCACUGUACAAUGCCAGUCAAUUGCAUUGCAGAGAGUAGGUGACUGGAUAUGAAAUACAGGCUGAGAUCUUUACUGCUUGAAAUGUCACAAAAUUCCUACAAGCAGACUCAACGUGUUGAUUUCAAGCUCUUGGAAUAAGGACAUUUGUUUUGCUGAUGGUAUUCUGUAAAACAUGGGUAGGUAAAAUGUUGACAUCCAGAUAUUGUUGGACUCCAAUUCUCAUUAGAAAUGUGGUCAAUAUUCAAGCAUGUUUUAAGCCAAGAACUAUUUCACAAAUACAGAGAACAGCAAAAUUUAAAGCGCUAUUACAUUUUGUUUUAUGUAUUAGUCUAGAAGGCGAGAAAUAGGUUGGUUUGCUCAAUUUAAAUUCUCCUCCAUCCCUAAUUGGAAACUGUCUUAUAUGUGGUCAUAUUUUACUCCUUGGAGACUAAGGCAGAGACAGGUCUUUCCUAUCACAUGCUGAGGUCCUUUAACUGGGAAAUGACUGAAACUGAUUCUAGGACCUUCUGCAUGCAAACACUGUGCUCUAGCACUGAGCUAUGGUCCUGAUCUACCUAGUGAAUGCUUAUUUAAGAAAAGAAAAUAUUUGAUAGACUAAAAAGGCGCCCCAUAUAAUUGUGCACAUAUGUAUGUACACACAUAUUGGAUCCAACUAAAUUAUACACACACUAGACCCAUUGAAAUUAAUAAACCUAAGCCAGAGAUAUUCAUUCAUUUCAAUGGGUCUACUCUAAGCAGAACAAACACUGAAUUCAUAAAAUCAUAUAACGGUAGAGUUGGAGUGACCCUUAGGGUCAUUCAGUCCAACCCCCAGCAAGACAAGAAUCUCAGUAAGGAUAGCAAUAAGGAUUCAAAACAGAGAAUGGGGAGAAGGGUUAGAAAAGAAAUGGCAGAAGCAAUAACUUUAAGGAGAUCCAAUAUCCUUACUUGGAUACUUUCCCCUCCAAAAAGUAUGGCCCAUUAGUAGAUGAUUUUGGGAUACUCUCCCUCAUGUUCUGAGCUCCUGGGGAGUCUCCAGAGGAAGCUCUCUCACAACCCUUGAUUAGUCAUUAUUAAUUUGUGGGUUUCUUUUUACAUAAAAGUCUCAAGAAAAUUCAUAGAAAUAUAAGAAGAUCAUAGUUUUAAAGGCAGUACAAAGCACAUACUGAAAACAUGACUUAAAACAGUUCAAAAUGAACCCCUAAGGCACAAUUUUUUUAUCCAUUGAGCGGUUGAAAUGUCUUCAGGUAUUCUUGUUAUUAUUUUUAUGUGUUUAAUGGCUGCUCACAAUAAAUUGAACUGAUUGCUGAGUAAAACACAGUCAUGACAGACUAUUUGCUAUGCAAUAUUAACUUGUUUUAUUUCUUUUCCCUGGCAAUGAGGCAGUUGAAUGCUACUUUUGAUUCUUUCUUUUGUCAUCCUUUUCUUUGUAUAUUGUUUAAAACCAUAUAGAAAUAAAUAGUAGUAGUAGUAGUAGUAAUAAUAAUUUGGGAAUGGAAAGAACCAAAGAACCAAAUGUUUGGGGAGUGAGAUAAGAUGAAUAGUGGUGGAAAUAGCCAUGAUAAUCUCAUGAGAAACUGAGUUUGAGGUGGGGGGGCAUGUCACUCAAGGGCAGUGGUAUGUAUUAGAAGGAAUGGAACCUACUUUGUAAAGUUGUGCCAACAGAGAUGGAGGGUUAGAUUCCAUUCCCAUUAAAAGGCAAAUCAACCUGCUUUGCAGUUUCUGAAACAGUAUGCAAACCAAAACAGAGCCAUUCUAUGAAAUGAGUACUUCUCCAAAAUUUUGCAGGUCAUAAAUUAACAUUAUAGAUGUGAUUGGUUUCCAGGAUUAUUAUUAUUUCAAUAGGAAACAAGGUCUUAAUAGCAUUGAAUUUAGGAAAUUGUUUCUUAAUGUUACUGCAUAGAAAAAUUAUCAGUAAGAGUUAAGAGGGGAGGGAGAAACCUGACUGUCUAAGCUAAAUUUCACAAGCAAAAUUCUGAAAAGGUUUGAAAUCCAAAGUCUCAAGGGCAUAGGAGCCAACUCCUGGGGGCUGAGGGGGCUUUGGCCCCCCUAAUAAAAUAUUUGAGGGGGCUGGGGGCCCCCAAAGUUGACGAGCAUUGCCAUUCAAAUGGUGUGUGUGCAUUGCAUCAUGUGAUCGAUUAUGUGGGGCAGGGCUUACCUGAGUCUUCCCAAUGGGAUUACAUAGGCAUGUAAUAUGAGGAUCUCAUAAUACUAGAAUUUGAGGCUAUUCAUCCAACGAAGCUGAAUGUCAGAAGAUUCAGAACAGACAAAUUAUUUCUCCCUGCAGUACAUAGUUAAAGCUAUGAAGUUCACUCCCACAAGUUAUACUGGUGGCCUCCAACUUGGGUGAUUUUAAAAGAGGAUUAGAUAAGUUCAUGGAAGAUAAAACCAUCAAGGAUACUAGCUACGAUGGCUGUACUUUGCCUUCAUGGUCAGAGGUAGCAUGCCUCUGAAUACCAGUUGCUGGGACUCAUAAGCGCGGACAGUGCUGCUGUUGCACUCAGGUCCACAGUUUGUGUGCUAUCCAUGGGCAUCUGGUUUGCCACCUUGCAAACAGGGUGCUGGAUCAGAUGGGCUAGAUCAAGCAGGACUACUCCAAAGUUCUUAUAAAGGGAAGUUCCUAGUACAGAUAAUUCAACAGUCAGUCUGUGAGCAUUUAUAAAAGGAUUCUGUGGUUACUAAGACCCAGCAUGAGAUUCCUAACAUUUUUUUGGGGGGGGGGGGAUUACAAACUUGGUGGAUCAGGGAAAUGCUGUGGAUAUAGUACCGUAUUUUUCGCUCUAUAGGGCGCACCGGACCAUAGGGCGCACCUAGUUUUUAGGGGGGGAAAUAAAGAAAAAAAAUUAUUCCCCCCCCCCAGCCCCAAAGAGCAAAGAAGCCAAGACAGCCAGCGGGAUCCAUCCUGCUGGCUGUCUUGGCUUCCUCUUUAGCCGCGCGCAACCUCUCCAGCCGGGAGAGGCUGUGUGCAGCUUUGGCAGAAGCCAAGACAGCAAGCGGGAUGGAUCCCGCUCGCUAUCUUGGCUUCGUUUCUAGCCGCGGGGCUGGGGUGGGGAAAGCCCGAGCUUCCCCCGGCCCCAGCCCCCAGAACAGGUCCAGGAACGGCGGCAAGGUUGCGAAGCCUUUGGAGCGCAGCGCGAGUUCCCCGGCUUCAGCAAAAGGAACCCAAAGCCUUCGGAGCACAGCGCGAGUUCCCACUGCGCUCCAAAGACUUCAGGCAGCUAUCCCUGAAGCGUGGAGAGCGAGAGCACCGACCCCUCUCACUCUCCAUUCGCUCCAUAGGAUGCACACACAUUUCCCCUUCAUUUUUGGAGGGGAAAAAGUGCGUCCUAUAGAGCGAAAAAUAAGGUAUAUCUUGAUUUCAGUGAGGCUUUUGACAAAGUCCUCCAUGAUUUUCUCUCGAAGAAGCUGCUAAAAUGUGGGUUGAAUGAGGUAACUGUUAGGUGGAUUUGUAGCUGGUUGACUGACCAAACCCAAAGAGUACUCAUUAAUGGUUCCUCAACAUCCUGGAAAAAAAGUGACAAGUGGGGUGCCGCAGGGUUCUGUCCUGGGUCCGUUGUUGUUCAACAUCUUUAUAAAUGAUUUGGAUGAAGGAAUUGAGGGGAAGCUCAUCAAAUUUGCAGAUGACUCCAAACUGGGAGGGGUAGCUAAUGCCAGAGAAGGCAGAAUCAGAAUUCAAAAUGACCUUAAUGGAUUAGAGAACAGGGCGCAAGCUAACAAAAUGAAUUAUAAUAAGGACAAAUGUAAGGUUCUGCACUUAGGCAGGAAGAACCAGAUGCACAAAUAUAGGAUGGGGGACAUCUGGCUUAUUAGUAAUACAUGUGAAAAGGAUCUAGGGGUCUUGGUGGACCACAAACUUAACAUGAGUCAACAGUGUGAUGCAGCAGCAAAAAAAGCCUAGGCUACUCUAGGCUGAAUCAACAGAAGUAUCAAGGGAAGUCAUAGUACCGUUCUAUUCUGCCUUGGUUAGACCACACCUGGAAUAUUUUGUCCAGUUCCGGGCACCACAAUUUAAGAAGGAUGUUGACAAGCUGGAAUGUGUGCAGAGGAGGGCAAUCAAGAUGAUCAAGAGUCUGGAAACUAAGUCUUAUGAGAAAUGCUUGAAGGAGCUGGGUAUUUUUAGCCUGGAAAAGAGGAGACUAAGAGGAGAUAUGAUAGCCAUCUUCAGAUAUCUUAAGGGUUGUCACAUGGAAGAGGGAGCUUCCUUGUUUUCUCCUGCCCUUGAGGGUAGGAUUCGAGGUAAUGGCUUCAAGCUCCAAGAAAGGAGAUUCCAACUAAGCUUUCAGAAAAACUUUAUGAUAGGAAGAACUGUUCAGCAGUGGAACAGACUGCCACAAGAGGUGGUGAACUCUGCUUCCUUGGAGGUUGGAUGGCCAUCUGUCAUGGAUGCCUUAGCUGAGAUUCCUGCAUUGCAGGGGGUUGGACUAGAUGACCCUUGGGUAACUUCCAGUUCUAAGAUUCUAUGAUUCUAUGGUUUUAAGUCUGGAAGAUUCAGGACAGACAAAAAAAAGUACUUCUUCACACAGCACCUUGCUAAACUAUGGAUUUCAAUGUCACGAGAGGUGGUGAUGGCCACCACCAACAUGAAUGGAUUUAAUAGAGGAUCGGACAAAUUCAUGGAGGAUAAGGAGGAUAUUGAUGGCUAAGUUCUACCUCCUGAAUACUAGGAAUGAGGGGUGUGUGCAGAAAGCAGUAUUUUGUAAGGCACAGCACACAAAUUAAGAUGCACAUCUGCAUCUGGUCCCACUUACCAUUGGUGUGUGGCCCCCAGAAUAAUAUCCAUGAGGGUGAGCACCACCAGGAUUGACACCGUGAUGCCAGAAACAAAGCCCCCAGGAUUUGUGCUUUGAUCUGGUAGACGUCAGUGCUUCACUUCCCAGACGUCACAAAAGCGGGGUAGGACAGAAAGAAAAUGAUGUUGCUAUACUUUCAAGAAGUAGCAGCCUGUGGUCAUUACAUUGGUUGAUAGUGUUUAUGCAAAUCCAGCUAUGAAAAUCAGGUGUUGCUUGCUGGUCCUCUUCUUAGCAUUGCCAAGCCAGUAAAGCUGAGUAAAAGAUAGAAACCAAAACUAGGAAAAUUCCCCCGUUAAUGUCUAGACUCUAGACAUUUAGCAACCACUUUCUUCAGCCACCCUGGGUCUACAGAACUCUCCUUCGUAUUCGCAUCUCUCCAUAGCUUACAAUCCUUCCUAGUCUCAACCACUAUGGAAUUUCUUUCCUAAAUAAAGCCAUACAAUCAAAGAGUCACAAGGGAUCUUGAAAGUUAGCUAAUCCAACCCCAUGGGUCUGUGCUGGAUCUUCCAUGCAGGAUCUGUAAAUGGAGAAAUCUGAGGGCUCCCUUGGACAAAAAACAAGGACACCAGCCAGGAAUACCAGAGCAAAAUAGCAGCCAGUAGGCUUGGUCUUUAUUGAAGACUGUCAUGACAGGACUCCCACCUGCCACAAGGUGGAACAAGAUGGAAGCCCCAAACAAAAGAGCCCCCAAACUUUUAUUAGCUGCUAAUCCCCAUGUUAUACCUCCCGCCAACUACAUCACUCAUAGAUCACAGUUACAUCAAGAAAGGGGAGGUCUGGUGGCAGUAAUCUGAGCAUCCUGGACCCUGCCCCAUGGUUCUCCUUGCCCUCCACCAAACACUCAUCAAUUGUAACAAAAGAGAUAUUUACAUUUCCCUGUUUCCCAGCCAAGUUAAUCACACCCUUUUGUCUUCAUCUGGGUUUAUUAUUUCUGGAAUGGCUACCUGUCUGGCACUCAUGUGUUAGGAUGCCAGGGAUUAUCACUCAGGCAGAGGGGCUGCUGAGUAGCUGAGCUCACAUGUCUAUAUGAAUUUCUGAAGUUUUGCCAGUGAGCCAGUACAUAGAUACAUUUAUCAGUGAAUUCUUACAUUUGGUACCAUGCAGCAAAGGCCCUUUGAAUAGAUAGAAAGAAACUGUGAUUAAGUGUUUUGUGGGGACAAAUCACAAAAGUCACAAAAGCGAUUGUGCUGAUUUUGGUAGUGGGUUGCAUGUGCAUGAUAUCUGCUCGAGGGGCAACCCCCCCCAACCUAUACAUAAAUUCCUGCAACAGAUCCAAUUACAGCAUCCUUGAUGCAUGACUGCCCAGCCUCUAUGACAGAACAUAAGAAGAGUCCUACUGCAUAAUACCCAAGGCAGGGCUGAUGAAUUUUAAUGAGGAUUUGUUUUCUUUACAAAGUGAUGUAGGAAAAUGAAAAAUCAAGAGAAAUUGGUAUUGACAGAUUUGACCAGUCCUAGUCCUGCUAGAUCUCCACAUGUGGCCAGUGAGGCUAUUUUGGUGAAGUCACAUCCACUGGCCCUACUCCUGAUGGAGAAAGUGUAACUUGAUCUCGGGUGAUUGACAGAUUCAUAAACCCAGCCACCCAUCAAGCUUGUCCCUCAGGGGUUUGAGGGAGUUAAGUAUCUGACCCAGGGGAUAGAUCCAGUUCCCCAGGAUGGACUGAAUGACAGACAGGUAGAAAGCUGUGUGUGUAUCUUUUUAGGGAAGGUUGAGAGGGCCAUAGCUCACUGGCAGUUAAGGAUGGAAAGCUCUGUAAUUUUGGUGCUCUCAGUCUGGUUUUUCUUAAAUUUGGUUCUCCACAAUUCUAAUAAAUAAUAAUCACCAUAAACAUUCUUCAGUAUUUUGUUUGGCAAUUUCUCCUCAUAUAAUGCAUUUUGGUAUACUAUUUUCAUUCUUUAUGCACACCUUCCCCUGGCAUGUGCAUUUUUGUAAACAUUACUUGGUUGGAGAAAUGAAUCACAAAAUUCAAAGAAGUGCGCAUUUUGAGGGGUGGCUGUGUUUCAGUUCUCAAAUUGUUUUGGAAAGUGCAAACUUAUACAUUCGGCUUUAAAUGCAAACUGAAUCAAAGUUGUCCCCCUUCCCUAGUGGUAGGGCAUCUGCUUUGCAUGCAGAAGAAUCCAAGUUCAAUUCCUGGUGUCCCCAGGUGGGCUGAGCCUGGAAAGAACCACUGCCAGUCAGCAUAGAUAGUAUUGAACUUGAUGGACCAGUGUUCUGACUCACUAUAAGACAGCAUCUUAUGAUCCUGCACACCACCCAAACAAAAAUAUGAGAGGUGAGAAGAGGGGUCUUUUUCCCCUCCUUCAAACCAACCAUUGAUCUCAUUGGUCUCAAAUACAUUUGACAGCCAUCCUCAGGGAGUGAUCCACACUCCUGACAAGCAAUCACUACAACUCGCUAGAAUAACAUUUUUGGCAUAAUGCCACCAAAUUGAUUUUCGAAGGAAGACAGAUGUUGUUGCAGCCUCAAGCUUGUAAGUGACCAGCUAUAUCAGGAUUGGAAAAAAACUGCACCAGCACCCAAGAGAAAACACUAACCUUUCUGAUCAGAGCUUUGUUUUGAGAAAAGAAGGACAAGAUUAAUUUCCAUCUGGCAAAAUUGAGGCCAUGCCCAGAGAGCCAGCUUACUGCCUCUGCAGUAUGUUAAGAACUUGUUGAACUCACAAUUUAAGAAGGUUUUGGGUGGUUGCUGCUAUUGUUUUACUAGGGGGGGCACUGUUGUAAUUUUUUAUAUUUUUGAAGUAAUUAUUUCAAGUAUUGCAACAAAACAGAGGCAAAAUUACUUUUUUAAAAAUAAAAAAUGUCUGCUUAUUACAUUGCUAUAUGCCUUUCACCCAAAGAAAUCAGAGCAGCGUACAAAGUGUCCUCUAUCCCAUCCUCAUUUUAACCUCACAGCAACCCUGUGAGGUAGGUUAGCCCAAAGUCAUACUGGCAGAUUCAUCACAGAAUAGCACACCAAAGGCCCAUCUAGACCAGCAUCUUGCUGUGGAAGCCCAUAAGUAGGAUGUGAUAGCAACAGGUCUCGCUUGCUGUCGUCCUCCAGCAACUGGUAUUCAGAUAAACUGCCUCUGAACAUGGAGGUUCCACUGUGUUAAUCAUGGCCAAUAGCCAUUAAUAGACUCUUCCUCCAUGGAUUUGUCUAAUCCCUUUUUAAAAGCCUCUUUGUGGGAAGCCAUGCGAUUUUAAAUGCUCUUUAAAAGUAUGGUGUGGAUCUGGCCUAUGUUAGCAGUCAUCACCACCUUUUUUGGCAGUGCAUUCAUUAUGUGAAGAUCAUUUAAUUAAUUUUAACCUGGAUAUAAAAUUACAGGUGUGUGUGUGUGUGUGUGUGUGUGUGUGUGUGUGUGUGUGUGUGUUAAAGCAAUAGGUUCCUUUUCCAAAAGACCAAGCUUCUGAGUCUGGAGCAUCCCUGAUCAUUAGCUUUAUUUUGUCCGACCAAAGCUGUCAAUAUGAAUGGGAAUAGAGCUUCAACAAUAUCUGGAGGAGCUGCUGUUAAUUCUGAACUCAAAUGUAAUCAUUAUGAGUAUUAUUUACUAAACCUUCUUUCUAAGGUUUUUUAACACAGUGUAAAAACUAGUUUAAAACAAGGUAAGAUCACAGAAAUAACAGGGAUCCUAAAAAUAUACAUCCCAGAUGUCAAAACCAAGGGUAAAGAGGUCUGUCCUCAGAAUUAACUGAAAGCUAUAUACAGUGGUAGGGGCGCGGGUGGUGCUGUGGGUUAAACCACAGAGCCUAGGGCUUGCUGAUCAGAAGGUCAGCGGUUCAAAUCCCCACGAUGGGGUGAGCUCCCGUUGCUCUGUCCCUGUUCCUGCUAACCUAGCAGUUCGAAAGCACCUCAAAGUGCAAGUAGAUAAAUAGGUACCGCUCCGGCGGGAAGGUAAACAGCGUUUCCAUGCGCUGCUCUAGUUCACCAGAAGUGGCUUAGUCAUGCUGGCCACAUGACCCGGAAGCUGUAUAAAUGCCAAUAAAGCGAGAUGAGCACCGCAACCCCAGAGUCAUCCGCGACUGGACCUAAUGGUCAGCGGUCCCUUUACCUUUAUAUACAGUGGUACCUCAGGUUACAAACACCUCACAUUACAAACACUUCAGGUUACAGACUCCGUUAACCCAGAAAUAGUACCUCGGGUUAAGAACUUUGCUUCAGGAUGAGAACAGAAAUCGUGCGGCUUCUUAGGGGUGAUGGAUGUUGUAUCUUAACAUAUGGGGUGCAGUUUAGCCACAUCUGAUUUAAAAUAAAGCCUAUUAUGAGUCAAAGUUCAUUUAAAUGUAAUCUACGAUAAUGUAAGCAAGGAACACACACACAAAAAUAUGUCUAGGACAUCAUAGAUGUAACUUUCUCUUGACUUUUUGUCUCUUUGAAGGGAUCUACGACUGAGUACGAUGGACACCAAGGUAGAGAGAAAUGUGGUAAGAUGAUAUGAAUGAGAUAAAUUACAAGUGAAUAUUUUUGGCAUGGGUGGUCUGAAAAUGUUGGAUUUGAGCCAGUUGUUGCUUGGGUUGAUAAUUCCUUGGUGGUGGAGAGGGGGGCACUUAAAGUAGGCACAGUCACACCUGCCAGGUGGGUUUGCCGAGUCACGCAAAACAAUGUAAACAGGUCCCAAGUUGCUAAGGGCUUUAUAUACUUGGCCUAGUAGCAAAUCAGUAACCAGUGUAGAGCACCCGUGUUAUAAGCCUCCUUCCUGUCAGUGAUUGUCCUGCAGCAUUUUGCACCACCUGCAGCUUCCAGAUCAAAUGUGAGGGAAGUCCCACAUGGAGCACAUUGCAGUAAUCCAGUUUUGAAGUAAUCAGUGCAUGAACUAUUAUGGCAAAGCUUCCCCAGUCCAGGAAUGGCUGUUGCUGUCAAAACAGCAGCACUUGGUAAAAGGUACUUCCAGACACUGUGCUACCUGAGCCUUCAGUAACACAGCUGGAUCCAAAAGCACCCCAAACUGCGAACCUGCUCCUUAAAGGAGAAAGCAACCUCAUCCAAGGUAGGCAACUGACCAGUUUCUUAGAAACAAGAGCUAUUCACCCAUGGUGCCUACUUGAACUAGUAUCAGUGACAGGAUGAAGUGGUUUCAGUGCUAGAAAACAGGUUUCUGUAUGCCGGAUGUGUAUCCUAUAAUUUUCACCUUGCCUUUGUCAGCUGCAUUGCACAAACAGGUAUCCACACAUUGGGGAAAUGGUACAGAGCUGUUGUCCCAACACUCCUGUGCCUGGGACUUUAUGAUUCUUCAGAACCCCACUCUGAACACACCUGCAGGCCAUCCAGGUUGCCUGGGGAUUUGUUCUUCUCGUGAGGAGUAGCUUACUCAUGAAUGUGCAUGUGUGUGUGUGUGUGUGUGUGAACAACGACUGCAAAGAAGUGAAAAAGAGAAGAGUAGCAGCAGUUGGGCCCUUUGCAGGGACAAAUACUUUGCUCCACCACCAUCACCACCUCCACAAAAUAUGAAACUUCCAUUUGCAACUUCACCACAUGUAAACAAAAAGCACAUAGGGAGUGGUGGACUGUUUUGGACAUUCGUUCUCCUUUUUCUUCCUGUUAUCAGCAUUUCUGUCCCAACUUUUAUCCAAGAAGCUCAAGGUGGCAAUCCUGGCUCCGCCCCCUGCUCCCCCCCCCCAUUUUAUCCUUGCAACAGCCUUGUGAGGUGGAUUAGACUGAUGGACUGUGACUGGCACAAAGUCACCCAGUGAGCUUCAUGGCUGAGUGGAGAUUUGAACCCUGGUCUUCCAAGGCCAACAUACUAACCAAUACAUUAAACCAGUGCUAGUACAUGGGCACAGUACCCAGGGCAACAAGAAUGGUAGUUCUCCUAGUCCAGUGCAUCUGGCUGUUUCCAUUUUGCCUCCAUAGAAUUAGAAAAUAAGAUGGUUGGGGGUUAAUGAGUUCACGAGUAGUCAAUAUACCCAUUAAAAGAGCAAAGUAUCCAAUCUUAAUGCAAGGAUAUUUUGUUGGGAAGAUAAAGGAAGCUCAUGUCUAAAAUUGAGCAGAUUAUCUACAAGACUCUCAAGGCCAAACUGCCUUGCCGAGUUGAUUCAGAGCUAUUAAAACCACCUAAUAAAUCUUCAUCCCACAUUUCUUUUGGCAGAGAACAGGAUACCGUUAGCUAAAUACCUAGAGGUACUCAAAUGUCACUUUAUGUGUACACACACACACACACACACACACACACAUUACUCAGCUAUCAAUCAUCAAGGGCUGAAUUGGAAACAGCCCACUAGGAUUUAAUUGAGAUUAAUGCAUGGAUAGAUAAUUGAAGGGGUAUCAGGCUCGUAUUCAGUGACAUAGUGUAGCCUAUGUUGUGAGCAAGGAGGAAGUGUCACAGAAUCAAUCAUCCUAGAGAGGCAAAGCUCUGCUUUUGUGCAGUCAAUGCUGUGUUUCAUUCAUUUACCCUUGACUGAAUAUUGAAAUCUACGGCAUUUUCUACUGAUCCAGAAAGAUAGCCCAUCCAUUUAGUCCUAGGGUAGAGAACCUUCUUGGUUCAACAGGUCAGAUCCUUAUCAGGAUCAGCCUUGAGGGACCUCCCAGUUGUCAAUCAUCUGAAGUCCAGAUACAAUGCCAGCUGCAAUGGGUUUUGGGUUACAGAUUGGGCACUCAGUCUCUAAGCACCUUGCAAAUCCCUUCCUGAUUUGAUGUGGAACCCUACCAAACUGAGCAGGAUUUAAGUCCCAUUCAUCGGCUGAUAAGUUAAGGGGUUAAAUCCUGUUAUGCUAAGGUUACCAGAUGUUGAACUAAGCUAAUCGAAAACUGAGGUACCACUGUACAGUAUUUAUUUUUUCCCAAUUUGAACCGUAUAUGAAUGAUUAUUUAUUACAACAGCAGUCAUAAAGAAGAAACAUGAAACACACAGAAAAAAAAUGGGAUAUAAAGGUUAAAUUGCCGCGUUGGCGCUUUGCAAUAAAUAAGUGGGUUUUGGGUUACAGAUUGGGCACUCAGUCUCUAAAAGGUUCACCAUCACUGUACUAGGGCUAUGCCCCGAUUCUGAUGAAACCCAAAUUUUGAACAAAAUCAGCUUAGGCUGGAUUGGGUUGUCCCAUGCCAAAUUGACUCACCUAGAGCAAUCCGGUGCUGUCAAAAGACAGGGCAGGCAACCUCUGCACAGCCUCCUUCACCAACCCUUCCCUGUGAGGAGCACAAGUGGUGAAACAACAAGCAGCCAAUGAGCAGAACAUUAACUCCUCCUUUCUGCACAGGCUCCUUGACCAGUGCAAUUUCCCCAGGGAACAUGUUGGCAAGGCAGCACCCAGAAGGAUUGAAUGCAGUUUUUCUUCUUCCCCUGUUACCACCCUUCUGACAACAUUAAAACAGGCCCCCAAAUCAAUUUGGAGCCUGGAUCCAAGGUGGACUCUGAGUUGGAUUGGUAUGUAGGUACACAGCCAUAGAAUGUGUUCCACAUCUCAGACUGAUGGGCUAAAUUGGAACCUGCGUCUCAUUUACUUAGGUCUGCUGGUAGGAGAUUCCUCACCAGUGCUCUAGAGGUUGCUAGGCUCCAACUUCCAUCAGCCCUGCUGACUACAGCUGAUGUACCCAUAGCAGUCUUUGCUCAGAUCUUGUAGUUCCAAUGCUGUUUGUCAAAUGUUGUGAUACAUAAACCAUUCAGAAAGCCAGGCAAUAACUGAAAAACAUGUUUUAUCAAGUGAAAGAACCUAGAGAAGUAUUAAUGACAUAUUUGUUGUCCCAGCUGAGUUCAGGCAUGAAAUUUCCACCUAAAGCCAGUAGAAGGCUCUGUUCUAUCACAUAUGAGAAAUGUGUUAGAGGCACAUAACUUGUUUCUAAGAAUCCUGCAUCCAUCUAGUGUAAAGUGAGAGCUGGACCAUAAAGAGGGCUGAUUGCCGAAGAAUUGAUGCUUUUGAAUUAUGGUGCUGGAGGAGACUCUUGAGAGUCCCAUGGAUUGCAAGAAGAUCAAACCUAUCCAUUCUGAAGGAAAUCAGCCCUGAGUGCUCACUGGAAGGACAGAUCCUGAAGCUGAGGCUCUAAUACUUUGGCCACCUCAUGAGAAGAGAAGACUCCCUGGAAAAGACCCUGGUGCUGGGAAAGAUGGAGGGCACAAGGAGAAGGGGACGACAGAGGAUGAGAUGGUUGGAUAGUGUUCUCGAAGCUACCAGCAUGAGUCUGACCAAACUGCGGGAGGCAGUGGAAGACAGGAGUGCCUGGCAUGCUCUGGUCCAUGGGGUCACGAAGAGUCGGACACAACUAAACGACUAAACGACUAAACAACAACAACAACAGUGUAAAGUCAUAAUUAAUGACACCAAUCAAGCCUCAGCAUCAGGCUCUGAUCCUUGCCAAGCCAAUACAGUAAUGUUCUUGAGUUGUGAAAUUCUUCCUUGGUGAUGGAACUCAAAAAGCUGAAUCACUGCUUCUAAUUUGAGAUGGUGACUCUAGGUGAUUCUUGGUGAAUUAAGCACACUGAAAGUUCAUUAUCCCACUGAUAAACUCACAUGAUCUAAUUCAAUGCAUUAAUAAAGAAAUGUGUGGUGUGUGUUUUUUAAAAAAAACCCAAACUACUUUUCUCCCACACCUGCUUCCUGGAGCUCAGAUAAUAAUUCCAAAAAACACCAAUAUUUCAAUCCCACAGCUUUGGCACCUUUCUGUGGUCCUUUGUGGGGAUGCUAAGUCACCUCGGAGCAUCAUUUUAGUUUAAAGAAAGAGCAGUAGGAACCAGGCCCAGAUAGAGGGGGGACCAUAUGGGCCACUUGGCUCGGGCCUUUGAUUCCAAAGGGGGCCUCAGUCAGCAUAUUCAAAAAAUUAUUUAUAUACAGUGGUACUGAGGCAAGGAAGAAGGGCUACUCUUAUGCAAUUCAUAUAAUCAGUUAUCAGUAAUCAAUAUAUUCAUAUAUGCUCACACAUAAUCAGGGCUUACAGUAUUUUAUAAUCCAUUUUGAAUCAAAGGGAAGCUGUGCCUUAGCUAUCUGCAUACUGCUUGAAACAGCAAAAUUAGGAGCCGACCUUUCCCCUACAAACAUCCGUGUACCCUGAAUAAGAGGAAGAGGUGAAUCAGAGAUACUGGUACAAAAUCCCCUCAGAUACAGGCUAAAUUAAUCCACAGAACAGGAAGAGCAAAAUACCAAAAUCUCCAAUACUCCCUGUCCUGUCAUAACUAGGGAGAGGUUAGACACAGCAUCACUGCAAGCAGUGGAAAGCAAAACUAGAACUCCGUGCUUGACCAGUGCUUGACCAGGAGCUGGAAGCAUAGCAAGAAGCUCGCUAAUUGGCUAAUUUUCGCUGGCGAUAUCGUGACUGCCUCAUGGUUGUCUCAUGAUCUAUGAUUUGCUGUGAUCUGCUCAGAUAUAAAGACCUCUGGAUUUCUGACAAUCGGGGUCCCAGUUCCUUUUGGAAGAGAUUCCAAACUGGGUCCUUAUUGCCUGGCAAUAAACUUCACCUUCUUAUUCUCCAUUGCUGAGUCUGCCUGAUCCUUAUUAACGACAAGCGAGUACCUGCUUACGUUCACGUGCUUCAGUACCUCGGGUUACAUACGCUUCAGGUUACAGACUCCGCUAACCCAGAAAUAGUGCUUCAGGUUAAGAACUUUGCUUCAGGAUGAGAACAGAAAUCAUGCUCCGGCGGCGCGGCAGCAGCAGGAGGCCCCAUUAGCUAAAGUGGUGCUUCGGGUUAAGAACAGUUUCAGGUUAAGAACGGACCAACGAAUUAAGUACUUAACCCGAGGUACCACUGUACUUACUUGUUUAUAAGACUUCAGUUAUCCCCAGGGUAAAAAAAAGAGGGGGGCACAUUAUCUACCUGACCUGGGCCUCUGCCUGGCUCUGCAAGGCCCUGGUAGUAACAAGGGUUUUGUUUGUUUUCUUCUUGUCUUUUCAGUGCCAUGGAAAAUAUCAGCAGAGGCUUUGAAAGGUCUGCAGACAAUGGCGUCUGAGAAAGCAGCUGCAUAUCUUCAAGGUCAGUGAGAAUAGUCUAUAAAUCAAAGUAUGAGAGGUCGCCCUCUCCCACCAUAAAAGCCUCAUUGCUUCUUUCUGUAUACCUUAUAUUCUUUGAGUUCCACAAAUGCUCUUGUCUACCCCAUGACUCUCCACUGUAUACAUGUGUGUAGAAUAGGGUGUUCCAGAGGCAUGUUGUAGAUAUCUAUGGAUCCAUAGGAUUGCCAGUCAGUGUAGGCAGUACUCUGCUAGAUGGACCAAUAGUCUGACUCAGGAUAAGCCAGCUUCCUAUGUUCCUUUUGCUAUCCACUUAGAGUGAGUCCCCUAUCUGGGCCUUCAUUUUUUGUCGCACUCCAGCCGGUGCCUUCAGCAGCUAAGGUCCCACUCCUAGGAGACAGUAAGUGGGCACACUCACUUGCAAAGCCAUGGUUGGUAGUGCAGUGCAGUCUAAACCAAGGUCAAGUACAGAUUAUCAGCCCAGGUCAAAAGCAUGAUCCAGAGAUAAGGCCAGUUCAAGGUCAAUAUCACAAAGAAUUCUAACAAGGGAACACUUGGGAACAAGGAAACAGAGACUUUUGUUGUCACCAUAAAAUGGAAGGCUCGUCUUUUCUGACUUCUUAGAACAAACCCUAGCCACAGCUGCUGAUAAUAAAUGCAUUUCAGGGACCCCUUACACACAAGGAGACCCAAUCUACUUCUACUUGUGGGAAUGUUAAGGAUUGUAGGAGAGGAUAUAUUGAUUAAGUAGUAUCCUUCCUUCACUCAUGCUAGUGAGUGAUGUAGCAGAGCAAAUUCCCCUCAAUAUAGCUGGAAGCUAGUUUGCGGAUUCGCUUGAAUCUCUUAGUUAAUAUUUCCUGGUAUCCCCUUUGAUCCCACUUAAAAGAAUAAAGACACAAGAGUCUUUCUGAGUAAAGUAACAAAAGGUUUACUCACAUUUCAGGUCACAAUUUGAUCCCUGAAAGGCAGGCUUUACUUAAUAGUUACACAAAGAAGCAGUGAGUUUGUCUCAUAUGGAGACUGAACUCAUGUGCUGCUGGCUGAGAGCCAGCAGACAGCAAAAUUAGAUUAAGACAACAAAAUGGCUGGAGGAGAGCAGCAUGACAGCAAAAAGAGAUAACAAAACAACACUGGAACAAGACAACUUCAAGACUGACAAAAUGGGUGUAUGACUCCUUUUAUGGAGUCAGUCAGAGCCAUGGCCAUCUCCCAGAUCACAUGCAGGGGGAGGAAACUCCAGACCAGUGGAAUAGGAAGUUAUACUGGCUGGAUGUCCCCCUCCCUGUGCCCACUCUAGGGGAAUAAGGAAUGUUGCAUUUGACUGUACCAAUGAAUUACAUCCUACACUACUCACAUGCCACAUGAUAACUCUGGGUCUGCAGCCACAUGUCAUGUCAUCUGUCUCAGCAGACCUUUUGGUACUGGUGUUCUUCAUGUCUGGAGUUGUGAUGACUGCACUUCCUCUGGUCUCUCCCAGAGGGCCCCUCAGCCCUGGCUCCAAGGAAACGUGUCUGCUCCUCAGGGUCCUUGGGGCACCUGGUUUAUCCUCUAAGGAAGGUGUUGCUGAACUACAACUCCCAUCAUCCUUAGUUAUUGGCCAUGUUUGCUGGGGCUGAUGGGAACUGUAGUUCCGCAACAUCUGGAGGGCCAAAGCCCUGCUCUAAGAACUCCCAUAUGUGGUAUUAGGUGAGGGCUGGGUAUGACAAGGAUUCAGUCCCUCUCAUUCCCUACCGAUCCCACAAAAUUAGACUCAAACUGUGCCAGCCCUGGUGACAAUAGAAGGAAAACAAAUCUCCAUACAUUCUGCUUCUGUCCUGGCUGCAGCAGGCAACCAGAAAUAAGGAUCUGGUGGUUACAACUGGGAUAAUUUUCCUUGCUCGUGUUUCCAUAGAGCAAGAAUGGAGAAGCUUUGGUCCUAACAAGAUGUUGGCCCUGUCAUUCUUGGCUCUUAACCAUGCUCUUUGGGGGCUGAUGGGAGUUGCACUCCAAUGACAUCCAGAAGACCAAAGGUUCCCCAUCCCUGCCAUAAAGUUUUUGUAGUUAACAUUAGGGCUGCCAUACAUCCUAAACUGCCUCUGUCCUGUAUACCUGAAGGAGCGUCUCCACCCCCAUCGUUCAACCUAGACACUGAGAUCCAGCGCCGAAGGCCUUCUGGCGGUGCCCUCAUUGCGAGAAGUGAGGUUACAGGGAACCAGACAGAAGGCCUUCUCGGUAGUGGCACCCGCCCUGUGGAACACCCUCCCACCAGAUGUGAAGGAAAUAAGCAGCUAUCUUAUCUUUAAAAAACAUCUGAAGGCAGCCCUGUUUAGGGAAGUUUUUAAUAUUUAAUGCUGUAUUGUUUUUAACACUCGAUUGGAAGCCGCCCAGAGUAGCUGGGGAAAGUCAGCCAGAUGGGCGCGGUAUAAAUAAUAUAUUAUUAUUAUCCAGAAUUUCCCAGGCAUAGCUGGGAUUGAGACUCAAUUCAGACUAGGGGUGGGAAGAAAAGAAACCCCCUACACCACAAACACUCAUUUGGCCUUAUGGCAUCUUUGGCCAGGGCCAGCCCAUGAUGUGUUGUUGCUUGAGGCAAAGCAUAAAAUGGUGCACCCUUCCCCCACCACUGGCACCUCCUCCGCCUGAGGCAACCAGAGACAGUCCAGGGGAGCCUCUGACUGCUGAAGGAGGCGGGGGUGGCAGCCAGAGAGGAGCAAACAGUGGGUAGGGGUGGAGCAGGAAGCGAGGUGGUGGUGACAGCAAGCAACAAGCACAGAAGGUGGUAAGCAACGUGCUCUUGGGGCCCCAGACCUGCUGCCACUGCCAGCUGUUCCCAGCAUGCUGCCUGAGGUGACUGCCUCACUGUCUUUGACUGCCCUACACCUUGUAUCACAUAUAUAAAAAAACCAAUCAGGAAAUUCGUAGCUUAUCUCCAUGCCACUCUACACAUAUUGGCAGGCAGGCAGGCCUGCCCAUGAGGCAGGCUGAGGCAGUUGUCACCAGUGGUAGAAACCUAAGAGGUGGUGUCCCUGUGGGCACCUUGCCUGCCCUGCUACCUCUGGCAGUGACAGAGAAGCAGGGGUUUUUCCAGUGAACAACAACAACAACAACAACAAUUUAUUAUUUAUACCCCACCCAUCUGGCUGGGCUUCCCCAGCCACUCUGGGCGGCUUCCAACCAAAUAUUAAAAUACAGUAAUACAUCAAACAUUAAAAGCUUCCCUAAACAGGGCUACCUUCAGAUGUCUUCUAAAAGUUUUGUACGCUACCCAGGUAAGCAAGGCUACAUUACGGCCAGGGGGCAGUGGCAGGGUGACAUUUUCCCGCUGAGCCUCAGAUGGCGAAAAGUGACUCACUUCCCCUGCAUAUUGGCCCAGUGUGCAUGUCACAGUAAGCAUGUCUUAAACAAGCAAUGGUUAAAUGUAAAUGAGCAGUAGGCUUGUGAACACUCAGACUUUCCUGAAUUAUUCUCCUCCACCACCCCUGUGGGGAAAGUAGAAUUCAGAUACCUUACAUGUGUUGAGCUUAGCUCCCAUCCUCGUCGCCAGUGAAAUAUAUUCAGAGUCGAGAGUGGAUUUCAUGCUCUUUAUUCAGCUCAUGGUGGUGAGGAGGAAUGGAAGUUCCCCCAGAAUAUCUGCUUUAUAUACAUUAUUUACACAAUGGCCUGCAUGUGAUUGGCUAAUUCCAGGAUUCUCCUGUGAGCCAAUCAGGUCGCGGAUUCACUUCCACCUGGAGCUGGAUUGAGUGGCUCCUGUGGACCAAUCAGAGUGCUGCAUUCUGGAGCCUAUUGUUCUAGGACCAAUCAGGCUGCUGCAUUCUGAAUCCUAUUGUUCUAGGACCAAUCAGACUGCUGCAUUUUGGAUCCUAUUCAAAUCAGUACAUAACAGAACCAUAUAAUAAGAACUUUAUUGUUCAACACAUCUUUCUUAUUGAAGUCUAAUUAACCUUUGGGAGUGUUGUAGAAAGGGAAGGAAUUGGUUACAGAGGAACAAAACACCCAUACCAUCUCCAGAUGUCACCAAGCUCAACAAUCAGGCGCUUUUGUGCUUCCGCGUGUUGCAUUUCUAGCCCACUCCCCCCCCCCAAGGAGCUCAACGUGGCAUACAUGGUUCUUUCCCUCCUCAUUUAACCCCCCACAAGAGCCCUGUGAGAUAGGCUAAGAGAUGAUGACCCAGUGAGCUUCAUUGCCAAGUGGGGAUUUGAAACCUGGUCUCCCAGGUCCUAGUCCAUCACUCUAACUUCAACACCACAGCACAUGAAAUAAAGAAUUAUGAUGUUGGCAAAUGUGUCUGUUGGAGAAAUUUGCACUAAACUGAUGACAGGUGCAUGUGACUUGGCUUAAAAGGCUUCAUGAGUCAUAGGGAGAAACCAAGAGUCCUCAUUAGGCCAAUCUACUGCAGGAUUUCCAACAACUAUCUUCUUGUCACCUUGAGACAAUUUUUUAUAGUAGGCAUCUAACACGCUUAACUAAUAAUAAUAGUAGAAUUAUAUAAUUGUAGAGUUGGAAGGAACACCCCAAGGGUCACCAAGUAUUCCUAAAAGAAAAGCUUCUGGUUUCUUUAAAAAAGUUAUAUUGAACAUCCCCCCCCCCAGCUCAUUAUGUAUCAUUUCCCAGAACAACAUCUGCUUCUAUAUAUAGUAGAGAUAAGGCAUCCAGCUUACCGUGUUGCAUAGUUGUUGGUUGUUCUGUUGUGGUUUUUAAUAUACUUCAACCAAGAAAAUGAAAGCUCACCUGAGCAAUUUCUGCCAAUUAAUGUUAAAAAGCUGGCAAUGGAAAAUGUUUGUGGUGCCCCCCUUCCCUUGAUGCCUUAAACACUGCUUACUUUGCUUAAUAGUUAAUCUAGCCCUGAUGAAGGGCCUUCUGCUCUUUUGUUCUGGGUGAGUCAAGUAAUCUACUGAUUAGUUUGACACAGUGGGAGGUUUCAGAUUGCCUUGAAAGCCUUUUGAUUGAUGAGCUUCUAUCUCACCACAAUGUCAUCAGCUGGUCAUGCAACAAAUGGUUGCAUCAACUGGAUGACCUCAAUCCACAUCCACUUGCAUUCUCAGAGCUCAGCUGAAAGCAGCCAUAAGGGCGAAACUGAACCAGACGUAAGAGCAGGAAGGUCAAAUGAGGAGCCAAAAGUAGAAACUAUUCAAUGAGUAAUUUCCUUCAGCUUUCUCCUAUGCUGCUGCUGGGACUGCAGAAGUGUGUGCCACCACCUGCAGAUGUGCUGCGUGGCAGGAUUUGACUCAGUCCUAUGCAAUAGUCAUACACAGUUACUGAUGUAACUGAAGUUUCUGAUACACAAAGAAGUUCCUCUGGGAUUACAUCUUCAGGAGGAACAUGCUUUGUGUUGAGUCAGUUACUUACAGAUUUUGCUCCUAGCAUGUUUUCUUGACUAAAUUCUAAAACAGGUUGCAAUUGAGAAGAUUUUGGAUAUGAAGGGUCAUUGUCAACUGAAUUCUACUCAGAGCAGACCCACUGAAAUGAAUAGGCUUCAGAUAGUCAUGCCCAUUCAUUUCAAUGGGUCUACACUUUGAGUAUGACUUAGUUGAACACAACUGAAGGCUUUAUUAUAUCAGGGAUGAGGAACCUGUCAAACUCCAAAUGCUGCUGGACUCCUAAGACCCAUCAUCCUUGGCCACUGGACAUGUCCAUUGAGGCUGUUGAGAGUUGGAGUCCAACAACAUAUGGAGAGCCAGAAGUUCUCUACUUCUGCUGUAUAUGGCCUGGUGUGUCCACAUUGACUUGGUGGUGUGUUCACAUUGAUUCUCCUGACUAGAUUCAAGCUCAGAAGUGGGUGCUUAAUUCACAGAUCCUAACAUACCUGUUUCUGCUGGUGAUGUAGCAGAAGGUCAGGCACCAAACCCCGUUUGCUGGAGUUCCUAAUUCAGGGAUGGGGAACCUGUAGCCCUUCAGUUGCUAUUGGACUCCCAUCAGCCUCUGCCACUAUGUCCAAUGGCCAAGGAUGAUGGGGGUUAUAGUUAAACUACAUCUGGAGGGUUACAGGUUCUCAAUCUCUACCCUGCUUCAAGACUUUUCAGUACCUGGUUCUUUGAAUAUAUACCAACAUCUAUUUGUGCUUCUUGGUGCAAUUGCAAUAAAAUAACAACAACAACACAGAAUUAGUGAAUUUGACAGUGAUAGUUUCUGAGAGGAGCUGAAACUAAAAGGCUUGUUCUUCCCACCUGAGUCUGAAGUUUGAUUGAAAUGAAUCUAGACGAUCUGUGUCCUUCAAGCAUACCUGAAAUUGAACUGUUUCCAAAUUCUAGAGCACUUGACCCAAAAAGGGAUAUUAGUGACUGGGCAAUAGUUAUCUGGUCUUCAACCGCUGGGUCAGGACUCAGGACCCACUACUGGGUCGUGGCCUGAUCCAAUGUGGCUUGCAAUAGGAGCACCAGUACAAUGCAAAUAUAUAAGAAAUGGGUCCCCAAAUACAUGUUUGAGUUAAAAGUGGUCCUGGGCCUGAGAAGGUUGAAGAUACCUGAUCUAAUAUUUCCAGAUCCAGUGACAAACUUUUGAGAAGGUGGUACACUAUUGCCUACUUAAGGGCAACGUGAGGUUGUAUUAACUUUUUGGCAUGGGCAGAAAUGUGUGUGUUCCCAUUAGUAAAAUGCAACACAAACAGAAUCUACACAAUGCCACACAAACAGAGGUAUGUUGCAUUUUAUCAUACAAUCAAAUGAAGAUUAGAUUUGGCUGUUAGGUUUUGCAGUUUCUUAUUAAUGAGCAUUGGUAGCAUGGGGGGGGGGCGGACAAAUGAAUGGAAAGUUUCAGAGCAUAUUAUAAUUUUUUUUUAAAGAAACUCUCCAUUUUAAAUAAGAACUCAGGACAGGAACUGAGGAUAAAGCAAAUCCACAGAAGAACAAAGAAGUGAAAAAGUGAAAAUCCUAUUGGGCAGUGUCAACAUUAUUGAGCUCAUGGCAAGGUGCAUGCCCCAGCAGGAGAUACAUGUGCAAUAUCUGGAGCCUUCUGGCCCUACUGCAUCUUCAUAUCACUAUUGAAUACCUAUUAUUUCUGAGCAAAGGGAGAAGAAGGAGAAGUUCACUGCCAGAGUCCUUGACUUUUCCUCUGGGAGGUGGACAGAGUAGGGACAGAAAGAAAGCCAAUGGGUGGUCAGUGAUGCAGAGGUGAUGUAAACACUGGGUAGUGUGACCUACUGGUGACAGCUUGCCCUAGGGCCCCCAAAAUCCUGGCACCAAACCUGGUACCCAGCUUUUUCUAAAUAAAAUUAUUGAUGGAUUAUUUAUUAUUUUAUUAAACAAUAAAGCAGACAGUACAAAUGGAAAAAGACAAACAAAAAAUUAUAUGAAUUCAGUACAAGGAGCUUUUGAUGAUAAAAUCCAAAACUCAAAUAGUAACACAUCAGGAAUAAAUAGUAUGACUAUAGUUGUAAAGUUAUAAAUGGGGUGUAAAAGUAAUAAAUGGGAUUUACAUUGAACAAGAAAAGAAAAGGAUAUUGCCUGUUUGUAAAUUACUCGCGUGUAAUUAUGUUGUCGUAUAGUUUUUAUUAUUAUUUAUUGUUCAUUAGAUUUAUAUACCACCCUUCAUCAUAAGAUCUCAGUGCAGUUCACAGAAUAAAAUACAGGAUAAAAACACAAGUAAAUAAUUAAAACAAAACAGCAAAACAAUAACCCCGGUGUUGUGUAUUCAGUGGUCUGUGUUUGCCUGGAGUCUGGACUAAGGAUUCCGAGCUCCUGUGUUCUGAUUCGAUACAUAUUGUCCAAUCACAGAACAUUUCAGUAUUUUGGCCUCUGCCAUUGGCCCUUGAACUCUGAGUCAUGAUUUCCAGUUUGGAAGUGUAGACAGCCAAUCACGUUGGGAGUGGCCCAGGCUUUCAGAAAUAUAUAUAAGUAGUUGCUUUGGCUCUGUUUCCCAGUUAGGUAGUUCAAUAAAGGUUCUUGUCGUUAUCACUGUGUCUUGCCUCGUGGGAACACACCUACACUUCACUCCCCCCCCUUCCCACAGACACAUUUAAAAGGCUAUGGAAUAUUAAUCAGCUGAAGGCGGAAGAGGAAUGUUUUUGCCUGGCAUCUAAAAAUAUAUAAUGAAGGUGUCUCCCUGUGGAGAGCAUUCCACAAGCAGGGAGUUCUUGUGUUGCCACCCUCCGGACCUCACAUGGAGGAGGCACAUGAGAAAGGGCCUCAGAGGAUGAAUGCAGAGACCAUGACGGUUAAAUGGGGAGAGGCGGUUCUUGAGGUAUUGUGGUCCUGAGCCAUUUAAGGCCUUAUAGGUCAAAAACAGCACUUUGAACUGGGCCUAUAAGCUAAUUGGCAGCCAGUGCAGUCAGGCCAGGAUCAGUGUAAUAAUAUGCUCAAACCGUCGUGUCUCAGUGAGCAGCCUGGCUGUCAAAUUCUGCACCAGCUGAAGCUUCUGAACCAUCUUCAGAGGCAGCCCGACAUCAUUAAUCAUUAACCCUCAAAUAGAAGUGAAAUCAGAAAGAUCAGUGCUAUCCCUAACCACAUAAAGUCAACAGGUCAAUUUCCCUGAGCAUUGGAUGUAAUUUUCUUGAGCCAGUCUAAAGUAUAACAUGAGACAUCAUUCCAGCCCUAUGCAAUUAUUAAUCAAGUGACCACCAAGAGAUAUAUAAUUAACUGUUUACAUAUAAGAUCCAUGCCUAGUUUUUGCAUUCAUUAAAGUUGUCUCUACGCCAAUAUAUUUAAUUGCUAUCCUUUUGUAUUAUUGUGAUUAAUAGCUAUACAGUGGUACCUUGGGUUAAGAACUUAAUUUGUUCUGGAGGUCCGUUCUUAACCUGAAACUGUUCUUAGCCUGAGGCACAACUUUAGCUAAUGGGGCCUCCUGCUGCCGCCUCAUGAUUUCUGUUCUCAUCCUGAGGUAAAGUUCUUAACCUGAGGCAUAGCUGUCAACUUUCAGAUUUGAAAAUAAGGGAUCAGCAGUCUCACCAGUCCUGGGGACAGUCUACAGGAUAUCUAACAAUCCGGGAUAGCAGCGGGAAGCAGCGGCAAAUGGCGCUGGAAUAAGGGAAUUUCCCACAAAAAAAGGGAAGGUUGACAGCUAUGACCCGAGGUACAGUGGUGCCUCGCAAGACGAAAUUAAUCCGUUCCGCGAGAGUCUUCGUCUAGCGGUUUUUUCGUCUUGCGAAGCAAGCCCAUUGACGGAUUAGCGCUAUUAGCGCUAUUAGCGGUUUAGCGGCUAUUAAAGGCUUAAAGGCUUAGGGAAUUAGCUGCUAAAAGGCUAUUAAAGGCUAUUAAAGGCUUAGCAGAUUAGAUAAAGGGGGGGGAAAGCGAAAAAAAAUCUCAAGACUCGCAAGGUAUUUUCGUCUUGCGAAGCAAGCCCAUAGGGGAAUUCGUCCUGCGAAGCAACUUCAAAACGGAAAACCCUUUCGUCUAGCGGUUUUUCCGUCUUGCGAGGCAUUCGUCUUGCGGGGCACCACUGUACUAUUUCUGGGUUAGCGGAGUCUGUAACCUGAAGCUUCUGUAACCUGAAGCGUCUGUAACCCGAGGUAGCACUGUACUGCUUACCGGCAAAAAUGGCUUAAAGGCAGUUUACAAGUAUAUAAUCAAUUGUAAUAUGCACACAAAAUUAAAAUCCACAAUAAAACAAUUUCAUUAAAGCAUUCAAAAAACAUCCAUGAUUAAAAUGUGCAAUAAAACAAGUUACAAUAUGGUUGAAAUACAUAACAAUUUAAAACUUUUUUAGUAAAGCAAUUAAAACAAUUAUAACAGGAAGUUCAAGUUCAGGGGAAUGUUUCUCUAAACAGGUGUCUCUUCAAGAGCUGACAGAAUGCGAAUCUUGAUGGGGUCUCUUGUAUUACAGCAUGGAUCGGAUAAAUCAUGGGUGGGAAACCCUGGAACCAAAUGUUACCCUCUUAAGUUAUCUGGCCCUCGGGACUCUCCACACCACACUCCCUCCCCCAAGCCACGCCACUCACUGGCUCUGCUUCAUUGAGUGUGCCCUCCACCCCCGAGUGGAAUAUGUCCUUGAGCUGUGAUAAUGUUUCUUGCUUGCUUAGAUGGAGGAUAGAGAGGAGUAUGUGAGUGCCUGUAGAAAACAGCCUACUGUACAAAGGCAAAAAUUACAUUUGCCGGGCCUCUCACUUUUGUCCCAGGCCCCGCCCACCUCUGACACGGUUGUCCCAGAAGAUAAUGUGACCGUCUGGCUGAAAUUGGCUUCCCAGCCAUUUUAAAUGAUGAAUGCUUAUAUCUCAUCCUCUCCUUUCUUUAGUGCUUAGGCCAAUCAACCAGUCAGAACUACGAUGGAUUAAUGAGGGCAUCCUGUACAACAUUCACUACAACCAUGGAAGGCUGGUGAUUCAGACACCUGGAAUGUACUUCAUCUAUUGUCAUUUGCACUUUUACAUUGCCGAGUGCAAAGGUGGGGAGAUCACCAUAAAGUUGGAGAUUCUUGUGAACACAUCUGUGGCGAGGUCAACUUUGCUCACUUUGUGCAGCUCUCAGAAAACUUUCAGAGACAAAAGACAAGACCUCUUCGUAACUUUACUGGCAGAAUUGAAGAAGGGGAAUACAAUAGGAGUACAGGUCAAUGAAUUCAGCUAUGUGGAUGUAUCUGACUUUCCUGAAAACAAUGUUUUUGGAGCCUUCAAGUACACUGGUGAAAACUGGAGGUACUCUUUGUUCAGGACAGAAGAUGAAAAAUGACUUUAAUUGUUCUAAAUAAAGGUAUAUGUAUACUGAGGGCCUGUCAUUUGAGAUGUGCCAAAUUCAGUUCCUCUUGAAGGGACUAUGGAACAUUUGGUGGCUAUUAUGCAGAGAACAGUGGAGGCUGGUCCACUAGGACAAACAGGGCACUGCCCCAUCGACAUCAAUCUGCCCUUAGCCAGCCUGCCCUUGCUUGCCUUCUUCUUUACAACCAGACAAGGGUUGACCCUGGCUUUCAGCUUCAUAGUGUUAUCCUGGUAGAACUCAAAGGGAAGGAGGAUGGGGACAAAACCAGAAUUAGUUGACUCCACCUGUCAUAGGCUCUGGAUCUGGAUCUGUCUUCUGCCCUCCCUCCCAACCCCUUUGGGCACCACUCACCAAUGGCAGAAAGUGGGGUGUGAAAUACACAUACACACACAAAGAAACAAACCUGUUAUUGCUGCAAAAAAGUUCAAAGGUAUUUCUGAUCUUAUAAAAUACAGUGGACGCUCGGGUUGUGAACAUGAUCUGUGCGGGAUGCACGUUUGCAACCCGCAGCAUUCGCAACCCGCGUCUGCGUGUCUGUGCACAUGCAGGUUGCGAUUCAGCACGUCUAUGCAUGCACAAAGCGUGAUUUACCACUUCUGCGCAUGCGCGACCACCAAAACCCGGAAGUAACCUGUUCCAGUACUUCUGGAUUUUGGCGUUCCGCAACCCGGAAGUAACCCAUUCUGGUACUUCUGGGUUUCGGCGGUCUGCAACCCAAAAAAACGCAACCUGAAAUAUCUGUAACCCGAGGUAAGACUGUACAAGGAUACCCUGAACUGGCAUAGAAAUGGGGGGACUGGGUGCUAUAUUUUCUUUUUUUCUAUUUAUAUGGUAGAAGAAAAUACAGGUAUGAUCUAGCAGUUAUAUGUCCCAUUGAUGUCAGUGGAAGAGCUUUGUGGUGCAAUUCUACAUGUUUGCUCAGAUAUAAGCCACAUCGAGUCCACUGACAGGGAUAGAAGAACCUCAGGUGUGGGGGCCAUAUGUGCCCAUCCAGGCCUCUUUAUUUGGCCCUUGGGAUUUCCACCAGGCUGCACCAGUUCUUCAGCCACAUCCCCUCUCCCUAGGCCACACCAUUCACUAUCUCUGUCAAUGCCUCUUGCAAGAGGAUAGAGAGCGGUACAUGACUGUGUAUAGAAACUAGCCUACCGGAAAAAGUAACAUUCACAUUUUUUGCUCUGCCUAGUCUUUCAGCUGGCUCACACACCACUUUGGCAUGUGGCUGCAGGAAGCUUGCCCAGAAGGGUAUGUGGCCCUUCGGAUGAAAAUUAUUUCCCAGGCCUAGUGCAUAGGAUUGCAGCCCUUCUCUCUCCCGCUGAGAAUAAUUGGACCUAAAAGUCAGUUUUGCCCAUUGGAUUUAUAUUCCAGGGAUGCAAUCCCACACCCAAUUUCCUGGGAAUAAGCCUGUUAAAUACAGUGGAAUUUAUUUAGGAAUUGGAAUAGCCGUGUAUAAUAUUGUUAGAAGAGAAAAGCUGUAUCUUCAAGAUGACCUUAAAGCUCAAAUGACAUUUCCCCAAAAUCUGAUAGAACUUCAAUGUGACUUCCAAAAAAUCAAACCUUAGCAAGUUUCUUUUCAGAAAUGCAAUUUCUGAGGAAUGGUAUAACUCUUAACUUUUGUUGAUGUCUUAGGAGGCACUAUAUGAAACUACCAAUCAAUGACAAUACUAUUAGAAUACCACUGGUUAUUUUUUCUCUUUUCUUUUGGAAAAAUCCCCAAAUCCAUAAUGCAACAUGAAAAGGAAAAUGGUGGGUUGGGAGCCACUAGUGGUUCACAGCCUGGACACCUCUUGAGAUUCAUCUACUGUAAUAGCAGAGUCUAGAGUCUCGCAGAUGCAAGCAAUUUUAUCCUCAAAAUGCUUUGCAAACAAGCCACAGCGAGCUACUGUUGGUUCUGCCCCCUCCUUGGGCCAAACUGUUCAAGGCCUCACACUCCCAAUAGAAGUUCUGCUGGGCAGCACAAUGAGGAUGCAAUGGAGGCAGCAAAGUAUGCCUUCAUUGCCACUAGGUAGGCUUGAUGAUGAGCCCUCACCGUGUUCAAUUGCAUUUGACUAGAGUUUUCCUCUACUCAUGUUCAACCUAUCUCCCAGCUUGUUUCCUUAAUCUAAGCUCUGGAAUAUACCAGAGAAGCAAGCAGGCUCCAAAAAGUGAGAGAGAGCACUCAGGGGCAAUCAUGUCAAUGGCCUAAGCCGUUCCGAUGUUCAGAAGUCAUCCAGGGCUUUGACAGAAGCACCAAGCAUGUCAGCCAGAAAAUCCCCCAGAACCACCUGGAGACCCAUUGGAUCGAUCAGCCUUCAAGGGUGCACCAUCCUCAUAGGUCCCUGCCUCUUCAGAGGAGAUAGGGUGCUGAAAGCCCAAACCUCCACAGGAAGUGAGAUGGUUAUGACAAGGGACUGCUGUCAGCAUCCCCUCUACAGUUCUCUAUAGUUCUAUGAUUCUAACAAGUACCCCAGAAUUGCAGAGUUGGAAGGGACCCCAAGGGUUAUCUACUAUAAGCCCCUGAAAUGUUUUUGUUUAGAAAUGCAGAAUUCACAGCUAAAUAAUCCCUGGCAGUCGGCCAUCCGACCUGCUUAAAAAGCUCCAAUGAAGGUGUGUUUACCACCCUCCAAAGUAGUCCAUGCUAUUGUCAAAUGUCUCUUACAGUGCAAACUGAUUCAAAUUUCUCCUUCAUUCCUAUUCUCCACUGCAUCCCAGUUAAGAUUACUCUGGAAUAAAUUAUAUGAACAGAGUACAGAUGUUUAAUGAAAAAAGCUGAAAGUGUAUAUAAAUGGUUAUUAAUCUUUGUAAAGUUCUUGAGAGCAGGGAGGCUGGAUGAUUCAGGAUACACGCCCAAUGCUUAUGCCAAAACCUAAUGACAUCUGUAAUCAAUAAAGCUGUAGCCUGUCUGAUCCC